AUGUUCUUCGCAAGAACAAGGAGCCCCGCAACCUUGGCAGCGGCAGCGGCAGCAGCAUUCUCAACAUUGACAGCGGCCCAGACAUGGACGGAUUGUAACCCUCUGACAACAACAUGCGAACCUAACACGGCGCUCGGCAUGGCCAUUGACGUCGACUUUGCCAACGGCGCCGUCGACACCUUUAUCGAAGCCGGCUCGCCGACCUACGGCCGCGACGGCGCCAGCUUCACCGUCGCCGCCUCGGGCCAGGCCCCGCAGCUCAUGUCGCUCUUCUACAUCAUGUUCGGCCGCGUCGAGAUCACACUCAAGGCGGCCCCCGGCGCCGGCAUCGUCUCCUCCCUCGUCCUCCAGUCCGACACGCUCGACGAGAUCGACUUUGAGUGGCUCGGCGCCGACCCGCACGAGGUCCAGACCAACUACUUUGGCAAGGGCCAGGUCACGUCCUACAACCGCGGCCAGUUCCACAAGAUGGACAAGAACAACCAGGACGAGUUCCUCACCUACGUCUUCGACUGGACCAAGGACCGCACCGAGUUCUACGUCGACGGCACCCUCGUCCGCACCCUGACCCCCGCCGACGCCGACGACAACCAGUACCCCCAGUCCCCGAUGCAGGUCCGCUUCGGCGCCUGGUCCGGCGGCGACCCGGCCAACGCCCCCGGCACCAUCGCCUGGGCCAAGGGUCCCACCGACUUCGCCCAGGGCCCCUUCAGCAUGGUCGUCCGCGACCUCAAGGUCAUCGACUACUCCACCGGCAAGCACUGGCAGUCCAUCGAGGCCGUCGGCGGCACCGUCAACGCCAACGAGGGCAACGCCGACCAGGUCGCCGUCACCGCCACCGCCGCCGCCGAGACGGGCGGGCCCGCCCCCACCGUGCCCCCCGGCGGCAUCGGCACCGACGAGGCCACCGCCCAGCAGACCGGCUGGCCCUGGGACGCCGCCGACAGGCCCAACGGCGGCUCCGUGCCCGAGGGCUGGCGCAUCACCGAGGAGGGCAAGCUGCGCGCCAUUGGCGCCGGCGCCUCGCUGCGCCCGCACGUGCUGCUCCUGGCCCUGUCCUUCUUCGCCGGCGUCGUGGCUGUCGUCAGGAGGUGA